GGGUAAUGGGAGAGAAAGUAGCCUGUCUUACAGAUAACGGACCGUGAUGGCUUCUCUGUGGUGAUGUGUGAAUAAAGACAUACAUGUACAUUUUCCCUCGCACGCACAGAGUCUAAUAUCGGGGCGUAUUCGGGAUGGCGGCUCCGCUGUUGGAGUACGAGACUGAGAUGUUCCUGAGCCUGUUCAGCUCGGACGGGCUGCUGGUGGCGGCGGAGGGCAUGGGGAUAGACCGCAUCCUGCUGCAGUUCAUGCGGGUGUACUCCGAGCAGGACAGUCUGGUGCUUCUGCUCAACACGACCACCCCAGAACAGGAGUAUUUGACAGAGCAGCUGCGUGUGGAGGGUGUGACCCAUUUGCCAAGGACAGUGACCAGUGAUAUCCAGAGCACAGAGCGCUACAACGUGUACACUGAAGGCGGCGUGUUGUUUGUGACCAGCAGGAUCCUUGUAGUGGACUUCCUCACUGACCGCAUCCCUGCUCACCUCGUAUCAGGUAUUUUGGUGUACAGGGCUCACAAAAUCAUUGAGUCCUGCCAAGAGGCCUUCAUCCUUCGACUGUUCAGACAAAAGAACAAGACCGGCUUCAUAAAGGCAUUCACAGACAAAGCCACAGCGUUCUGCUCUGGCUUCUGUCAGGUGGAACGCGUCAUGAGGAACCUCUUUGUCAAGAAGCUCUACAUUUGGCCCAGGUUCCAGGCUUCAGUGAACUCAGCUUUGGAGAGACACAAGCCGGAGGUGGUGGAGCUUCACGUGUCCCUGACCCCAGCCAUGAGGGCGAUCCAGAGCUCCAUUCUGGACAUCAUGAGCGCCUGUCUGAAGGAGCUCAAACGCUACAACCCCACUCUGGAGGCUGAGGACCUGUCUCUGGAGAACACUCUGGGAAAUUCUUUUGAUAAGACCAUCCGGCACUACCUGGACCCACUGUGGCACCAGCUGGGGGCAAAGACCAAAGGCCUGGUGCAGGACCUAAAGGUGCUCAGGGUGCUACUUCUCUACCUCACCCAGUACGACUGCGUCACCUUCCUCAACUUGCUCGAAUCUCUCCGCUCCAGCCAGAAGAUCUUUGGCUCUAACUCAGGUUGGCUGUUCCUUGACUCCAGCAACUCUAUGUUUAUGAAUGCAAGAAGCAGAGUGUACAGGAUCCCAGAGAGCAAGAAGAAACUGAAACUGGGAGCAGAGCCUGACAAACUGAAACCCUCAGCCACUGAGGUGAAACGAGAGCUGGUGCUGGAGAAGAGUCCAAAAUGGGAAGCUCUGAAUGAAGUUCUGCAGGAGAUUGAGAAAGAAAACAAGAACCCUGAUCAUGAACCAGGGCGUGUGCUGAUCUGUGCUAGCGACGACCGCACCUGUUCCCAACUGCAGCAGUACAUCAAACGUGGCUCCGACUGGCUCCUCAACCGCCUCUACACCAGAACUGUGGGCAAACACGACCCCACCGCGGCUGCUACUCUGGACCUCCUACAACACAACAAGGGCAAAAGCAAGUCCAAAAAAACAACUAAAGGAAAAGAACCAGCUAAAAAGUCUACAAAGCCCUCCAAAAGUAGACCAUCUUUGACUUUGACACAAAUGAUGGGGAAAGAGGAAUCCGGGGACUCGGCGGUGAUGGGCAGCAGCGAGGAUGAGCUGAUAGUGGAUGAAGAUGACGAAGGGGAACAUAUGAAAUUAGAUUUGUCCUCAGACGCGUAUUACGGUGUGCUAAAAGAGCCACUAACUGUCAUCCACCCACUGAAAGGAUGCGUGGACCCUCACAGCCUCACCAGGGUGCUUCACGAGGUAGAGCCUAGUUUUGUCGUGCUGUACGACGCUGAGCUGAGCUUCGUGCGCCAGCUGGAGGUCUAUAAGGCAUGUAGGCCGGGAAAACCACUCAGGGUGUACUUCCUCAUUUACGGAGGCUCUACAGAGGAGCAGAAAUACCUCACAGCACUUUCCAAGGAGAAGAGAGCUUUUGAACAUUUGAUCAGAGAAAAGGCAACUAUGGUGAUCCCAGAAGAGAGGGAAGGCAGAGAGGACACAAAUCUGGACCUCGCACGAAAUUUAGAACCAGCUAAUGCCACGACCAACACUCGCAAAGCAGGAGGCCAGGAUCAGCCCAAAGAACCGUCCCGGGUCAUAGUGGACAUGCGCGAGUUCCGCAGCGAGCUUCCAUCUCUGCUCCACCGCCGCGGACUGGACAUCGAGCCCGUGACACUGGAGGUGGGCGACUACAUCCUCACCCCGGAUGUGUGCGUGGAGAGAAAGAGCGUCAGUGAUCUCAUCGGCUCUCUGCAAAGCGGCCGCCUCUACACCCAGUGCCUCUCCAUGACCCGCUACUACAAGAAACCGGUGCUGCUCAUUGAAUUCGACCCGGCCAAGCCCUUCUCUCUCAUGUCCCGUUCAGAUUUUAGGAAUGAGAUAUCCUCCAACGAUGUGUCCUCAAAACUCACCCUGCUUACAUUACAUUUUCCCAGACUGCGUAUUCUCUGGUGCCCCUCACCCCAUGCCACUGCGGAACUUUUUGUGGAGCUCAAACAAGGGAGGCUGGAACCAGACGCCGCCGCUGCCCAGGCCGUCACAGCUGAGUCGGACACAUUGCCGGAGUCCAGUGACCUCUACAACCCGGGACCUUAUGACUUUCUGUUAAAGAUGCCAGGGGUUAAUACCAAGAACUAUAGGGCUAUUGUAAAGAAUGCAGAUAGUCUGGCAGAUUUAGCCAAACUUAGCCAGGACAAAUUGACUGAAAUACUAGGCAGCGCUAACAAUGCUAAGUUGCUCUAUGAGUUUUUACAUAAUGUCGCUGAAGUACCACCACCACAACAGAAAGGCAAACAUACGUAGCAUAGGCGCCUACUUUGCCCUUUUGUGAUAAUUUCUAAUGGUUACACUUAAUCUUAUGAGUUCUUAAAUACAUAUAUCAAAUGGGACUUUAAAGGCCGAUAUCUUGAAGUUGUUGUCAAUGAUCAUUUGAUAAAUAUAAGGCAUGUUAAUUUAAUUGACAGAUACUAUACCUCAUCACAUGAAGCCAUUACAGUAAACUAUUUCAUUUUAAUAAGUUUGAUUGAAAGAGAGGGAUGUAGUAGUUUGAUUUUGUGGAAAAUAAUUUUUAGUAUCUAGUCUAACACCAACAGACAUGAGUGGGGCAUAACUGCAUAAUGCAAGGAGGGGCAUAAGGGAAUAUUUAACUGACAAAAGAAUAUUAUAUUAUUAUACUCACUGUUACUUAUACAUCAACUUGAUUUUUAUAUGGUUGUAUUUCGUAUGUAUGUUUUUAGUAAAUAAAAAAUAUAUUUUUUGUAUUUUGUUUAUCAAGAUUUACUUAAAAAUGCACCAGCUUUUAUGAAAAGACUCAAGCAGUAAUUUUACAGACAAGACUGUCAUCAAGGUAGAAUCUUUAGAAAUGAAAUAAAUGAACAUAUCUGUC